AUGGGGAGGCUCCCCACAAACACUGGAGCCUCAUCAGCCUUCUCCUGCGCCGGAAACCACAGGAAACCAGGACUACCCUCCUGCUGCUCUCAGGCCUCUCUGCCUCUGCUGAUAUUGGCUGUGGCUACCUGCCACACAGGAUCACCCGCUGUCUACUGGCUUCUCACAUGCAAAUGGGAGUCUUACCCUCACUGGACCCCUUGCCUUCAGGAUAAGAGAUUCGCUGGCCUUCAGUGGGGCUGGUUCCAUCUCCCAGUGCAAAAAUCUGAAAAGUCUUACAAGUUCAAGUUCUGCAGACACAAGAUGCCAGCAUCUCCUCAGAUAAAGCUGCUCGGUAGCCAUUCCCUGUCUAAGAAGGGCCAUCACAUUUCCACGCCUACCCCAGACAUCUCACACAAGGGGCGAUGGUACAGAAGGACCCACCCUUCAGAUCUAGAUGCAGUGGGCUCACAAAGGCUUCGAGGACCGGAGUUCAUCUUUGAGGUGCUGCCUGAGGCCCAGGUUAUUCGGGUGACCAUUCCACCAGGCCCAGAAGUCAGCGUGCGUCUUUGUCAUCAGUGGGCACUCGAGUGUGAAGAGCCGAGCAGUCCCUUUGACGCCCAGAAAACUGUGGCUGGGGGCCACACUUCAGACCUGCCUUAUGAAUUAUUGCUGCCCUGUCUGUGCAUAGAGGCAUCCUACCUGCAAGAGGAUGGUGUGAGGCGCAAAAAAUGUCCCUUCCAGAGCUGGCCUGAAGCUUACGCCUCAGACCUCUGGAAGUCAGCUCACUUCACCGACCAUAGCCAGCACAGUCAGAUGGUCAUGGCUCUGACACUCCGCUGCCCCCUGAAGCUGGAGGCCUCCCUCUGCCAGAGGCAAGACCAGCACAGCCCCUGUGAAGACCUCCCCAAUGCCACAGCCCGAGAGUCAGAAGGAUGGUAUAUUUUAGAGAAGGUGGACUUGCACCCCCAUCUUUGCUUCAAGUUCUAUUCAGAACACAGCAGUCGCGUUGAAUGCCCCCACCACAGUGGGUCUCUCGUGUCCUGGAACGUGAGCAUGGCCACCCAGGCUCAGCAGCUGAUCCUUCACUUUUCCUCGAGGAUCCGUGCCACCUUCAGUGCUGCCUGGAGCCACCCAGGCUUGGCGCCAGACACCUCCAUGUCCCCGGUCUACAGCAUCAGCCAGACGCUGGGCUCUGGCCCAGUGACAGCCGACCUCAUCAUUCCCUACCUGAGGCCAGGGGGCUGUGUCCUGGUAUGGCGGUCUGACGUUCAGUUUGGCAGGAAGCGCCUCUUGUGUCCGGACGUCUCUCACAGGCGCCUGGGCCUCUUGACCCUGGCGCUCCUGGGUCUCUCCACACUCCUGGGCGUUGUUCUGGUCGUCACCUGCCGGCGCCUGCUGUCAGGCCCAGGCCGAGCGAGGCCAGUGCUGCUCCUGCACGCCGCAGACUCGGAGGCGCAGCGGCGCCUGGUGGGAGCGCUGGCUGAAUUGCUGCGGACCGCUCUGGGAGGAGGGUGUGACGUGAUCGUGGACCUGGCUCCGCGGGGCUUGCGGAGCAGCCUGGAGCUGUGCCGCCAGCUGGAACUCGAGGCCGCCCAACUUGCCGGCUGA